AUGGUUAGGCUUCCGUCGAUAAUAUGGCUAUUGGUGAUCAGUGUAGGCUUGGUGUGGGUUCUGUGCAUACACUUGGGCACAGAUGUUGGAGUAAUGGUUGUAGGUGGGCGGGACUCACCUUACGGACAAAUUCAAAACGUAGUGAUGAAGAGACAUAAUUCAAGUAUUGAUGAUGGUACGGGUCCGACGAGCACUUCAAAUGGCUCGGGCGGCGACAGUACAGACCCGACGGAGACUUCGGGCAGCAGUACGGAUUCAACCAGCACUCCCGAUAACAAUACGGGUAACAUAGAUCCAACGACCACCUCUGAUACCACUGGACAUUCCCAUAAUGAUAGCACUAAUCAGUCUAAUAAUAAUGCGGACCAGAACACCUCUGACUAUAGUACAGAUUCAGCGACCACCUCUGAUAGCAGUACGGAUCCAACCAACACCUCUGAUGGCACUACAGAUCCAACCACCACCUCUGAUACCACUGGACAUUCCCAUCAUGAUAGCACUAAUCAGUCUAACAAUAAUGCGGACCAGAACACCUCUGACUAUAGUACAGAUUCAGCGACCACAUCCGAUAGCAGUACGGAUCCAACGUCUACUGAUAAUAAUAUGGAUCCAACGGUCACUGAUAAUAGUGUGGAUCCAACUACCACUUCUGAUGGCACUACUGAUCCAACGACCACCUCUGGUACCACUGGACAUUCCCAUCACGACAGCACUAAUCAGUCUAAUAAUAAUGCGGAUCAGAAUAACACCUCUAAUAGUAGUGCGGAUCCAACGACCACCUCUGACAGUAGUACGGAUCCAGCGACUACUGAUAGCAGUACGAAUCCAACAUCUGCUGAUAAUAAUAUGAAUCUAACUAUCAUAUUUAAUAGCAGCACGGAUCCAACCACCACAUCUGAUAGCAGUACGAAUCCAACGACCACCUCUGGUACCACUGGUCAUUCCCAUCACGACAGCACUAAUCAGUCUAAUAAUAAUGCGGAUCAGAAUAACACCUCUAGUAGUGCGGAUCCAACGACCACCUCUGAUAGUAGUACGGAUCCAGCGACUACUGAUAGCAGUACGAAUCCAACAUCUACUGAUAAUAAUACGAAUUCAACUAUCAUCUUUGAUAGCAGCACGGAUCCAACGACUACCUCUGUUAAUAGUGCGGAUCCAACGACCACCUCUGAUAGCAGCACGGAUUCAACGACCACCUCUGGCGACAGUGCGAAUCCAACCACCACCUCCGGUGACACAACCACCACCUCUGAUAGCGGCACGGAUUCAUCAACCACCUCUAAUAGCAGCACGGAUCCAACGACCACCCCUAUUGACAAUAAGGAUAAAAUGGCCACUCUUAAGAAUAGUACCACUACCUCUAACGACAGUACUAAUCCGACGAGCAUCUCUGAUAGCAGCACGGAUUCAACGACGACUACCUCUAACAGCGGUACUAAUCCGACGACUACCUCUAACGACCGUACUAAUCCAACGACCACCUCUGAUAGCAGCACAGACCAAACGACCACUCCUAUUAAUAAUAAGGAUCAAAUGGCUACUCCAACGACCACCUCUGAUAGCGGCACGGAUCAAACGACCGCCUCUAAUGGUAGCACAGAUCCAACGACUACCUCUGACAACAAUACGAAUCCUACUACCACUGAUAACAGCGCGAAUCCAACGACCACUCCUAUUAAUAAUAAGAAUCAAAUGGCCACUCAUAAUGAUAGUACUAAUCCGACGACUACCUCUAACGAUAGUACGAAUCCAACUACCGCCUCUAAUGGCAGCACGAAUCCAACGACCACCUCUAAUAACAAUGCGGAUCCAACGACCACUUCUAGUGGCAGUACGGACGUAAUCAGCACCCCUAACGCUAGUACUAAUUCAAUCAAUACCUCUAGCGAUAACACAAAUUCAAAGACCACCUCUAGCGACAGUAAGGAUCCAACGACCACUCCUAAUAACAGUAGUGCUGAUCCGACGACUACCACCCCCCAUAAAAAUGCGAAUCCAACGACCACUCCUAAUAACAGUAAUGUCAACCCGACAAUUACUUCUGGCUACGAUACGAUCGCCUCUAAUACUAAUACGGGUUCAACAACCACUCCUAAAGUCCCUAGCGAUAGUACUAAUCCGACGACUAACAGCAAUACGGAUCCAACUACCACGGGCGAUUCCCCAACCCCCACUGCAACUUCCACAGCUGGUUCCUCUGCGGAAAACUCCCAAAUAACUUCCACAGGUUCUCAAGCUACUCCUACUCCCGCGUACAAUACCCAAAUUACCACUACCUCUGCCACAAAUACUGAUUCUAACAGCAAUACGAUUACUAAUGAUGGGGCAUCACCGACAUAUACAGAUUCCACGACGACCUCUGAUGCCCCUUUCGUUCCUAACAUUAGUACUGGGUUCACUUUACCGACCGAACCGCUGGCUUCGGUCACGCAAACAGCGGUAGUAUCGAAUUUACCAGCUGUUAUUGAGGUCAAUCCUUCCGAAGUUCCACCUGACUCAACUGAAGUACAGAUUGAGCUCUUACCGAAUCUACCGUGGAUUAAUGUAGUGUCCAGUAGCUCAACCUCAGCAGUCAUAGUCUAUUAUCUGCCGCUAGAAUUGGAACAGGCAGCCCAGAUACCACCUAAACGUAUUGUAGUGAUAAGUUUGGAGAUGUCAUCCGAGGGUGGGGUGCUAGUGAAUUUGGUCGUACCUACAAUAUAUAUGGCGGAUACUACUGCGGUAGUAUCUGAUUCUACCAGUUCACUUUAUUCUCCGAACAACGUUGUCGGAAAAUUGGUUAACCCCAAUUAUCCUUUGGUGAAUAAUAUGCAAGCACCUGAACAAAAUAACGGUGGUUCACAGAAUAAUAAUGAUCAAAUAACUAGCGGAAAUGAUCUAGGGGAAAAUACAGACAACACGGGUUCAGAUAAUUCCAAGAAACCAAUUGUAGUGGCUGCAGUGAUGGGUCAGAGUCUUUCUGUAGCUCGAGAAUUUUCGGACACCCUGGCUUCGUCGAAGAAACGCCCGGCACUUUUGAUUCUUGUGAUAGUUGUGGGGUACCUUAUUAAAAAACGUGCUGAACAAGAUAAGAAAAAACGGGAAGCUCGUUUCGGUGGCCGAAAUGCGGCGGAGGGUCAGGAUAAUAGUCGACGAGCGAAAAAAUACGCCCACAAUGAAUAUUUGAAAAAUAUUACAUUCUAUAAGAUUUCCAAUAUCGACAAUAGGAUUCAAAACGCUGACCAGCUAUUGACGCAGGACAUUGAUAAGUUCUCCGAAAAUCUAAGUCAUUUGUAUUCAGAUAUUGCCAAACCUAUUGUGGACAUAAUCUUGUUCGCUUACAAAUUAGGAGAGGCCAUGUAUUGUCUCAUUAAUAUUGACUUUAAAAUAGCUACCGAAUUCAUGGGUAAACUUGAUGCCGAUCCCACAAAGAUUAUGGAAGACUAUUCGAGAAACUCUGGCUACCUUGUAAACCUUUCGCAGGCUAUAGGCAGAUUGAUCCUGGCCGGUCGUGAUCUCACAAGAUUCGCAGGAUACACCUCUCGUGUGGCGGAACUUUUUGACGUCCUCGAGGACGUCAACAAAGGCAGAUAUGAGCGCACCAUGGUUAGCAAAAAUUCAAAAGAAGCUAAUGUGAGCAAAGCCGUGACACCGAAUGAUCUCAAGGGUAAAAUCAUAACUCAAGAUGGUGUCAUCAUAUUCGAUAAAGUUCCUAUAGUGACGCCGAACAAUGAUAUAUUGCCCUAUUUGGCGCUCGGAACUUUCCGCGAUCAGAUAAUUUAUCCCGAUUCUCAAGUCAUCGCUCUUUCCAAAGGAUUUGAUGAUGGCAAACUAAGGGAAUUGCUCGGCAUUGUUCAUUUGGAUUAUUUGAUUGAACGAGAUGGAGGUUGGAAUGCAAUUCAAGAUUGGGCCGAUGUUUUGUCAGGCGGCGAAAAACAGGCUAUUUUGGAUGAGUGUACAAGUGCCGUCAGUGUUGACGUUGAGGGUAUAAUGCUUGAAGAUAGCGACUCCAUAACACCGUUCGCCUUUUCUCACAAUAAGACCGGAAAGAAUAAAUUCGUGCUAGAAGAUGUGCAAGCUGACGUUGAGGAAAAUGCUCCAAGCAAUGAAAAUAUCGAGUAA